AUGGCAGGCAACCAGCAGCGACCCAGAAGGGGAAAUCACAAUAACCAUAACCAUAAUCACAACAACAAUCAUAACAACAACAACCACCAUCCAUCCGCCCGAAAUGGCCCUCCUUCGCGUCCCGAGGCAGACUCGAAAGCCUUUGAGCCGCCACGAGGACCUAGGGCGAUGCAGCCAAUUCUACCGCAUCCAUCGUUCAUCCAGGUCGCCAAACCGUAUGUAUUUGAGCACACGAUCCAGGAAUGCCUUGCUGCGUUGGCCGUGGACCCGCGGCGAGAAGAUAGCAUUCGCAUUCUGGGCGUGACCUGGAUUGACAAUGUGCGCAAAGCGCUUCGACUGCCUGUUCGUACAUACAACACUGCGUGUGUGUAUUACCACAAGUUCAGACUGGUUCAUCCUGACGGCCAGUACAAUUAUAUGGAUGCCGCAGCUGCAGCGCUUUUCACUGCGUGCAAAAUUGAGGACACGCUCAAAAAGUCUCGAGACAUAGUAUGCGCUGCAUACAAUUUGAACAGGUCGCCGUCUGAGCAGGUAUCUCCUGAUGACACAAUCUUCGACCAACAGCACAGAGGCAUCAUAAUCCUAGAAAGAUUAAUGCUAGAAGCCUCUGGCUUCGACUUUCGAAACCGGCACCCCCAAAAGCUGCUCGUCAAGUUGGCGAAGCAGCACAGCAUCAAGAAAGAGGACGAGGUUGGAGGCGUUGCCUAUUGCAUCUCCCUAGACCUUUACCGAACUUUUGCCCCGUUGAAACAGACGACGGGUGCUAUGGCGUAUGCCUGUCUUGAGCUGGCCUCUCGUCUGAUUGGCGCUGGGUUGGAGGACGUCGAGGCCGGUCGAGACUAUGACAAAUGGCAGGUGGGACGGGCAGAAGUCAUGGAAACACUCCUGGACUUGCUCGAUCUGUAUAUCAACGAUCGCGCUAGCACUGUCGUUGGACCCGACUUCCCCGUCGAAGCCUUUCUAGCAAUCCGCAUCCCACUCAACAAGGAAGCAGAAGAUAACCAACUGCCGCGCUUCACCAACUGGAAAAACAGCAAACAUGCAAAUCUCAACAACCAGAAACAAGCGAACAUGCCAAACGGCAAACAACACGGCGGCAACAAGCAACAACAUCCUCACGGCCCCAACAAAGCCAAAGCCAAAGAUGCAGCAGCAGACCUCCCUCUCGCCAACCCACUCACCCCAAUCUCAGCAAACGGUGAACGUCUCGGAUCCAGCGAUCGUGCCCGAGACGGCACUGUGCGUUUCAUGCUCGACCCGGAGCGUGCCGAUGCUGAGAAGAGAGCCGUUUCGUCGUAUUUCAAGGAUGAAAUGCACGAAGUUGCCGAGGAGUAG